AUGGACUACACCAACGCGAUCCACAUCAUACCGGACGCCGCCGGCCCCGACGCCUGGGCCAACGCGGCGGCGCCUCCCUCCGGCGGGGACGCCGGCAUCUGGGCCACCGAGGACGACUACCGCCAGUGGAGCGCCGACCCGGGGUCCGGCGGGGCCGGCUACGGCGACCGGAACCCCUCCUCGAGGGCAGGUAGCGAGCAGCCACCGCCGGGCAAGAAGCCACGCGGGGGCUCGUCGGGCGGCGGCGACGGUGGCGGGGGCAGCACGAGCAAGUCGCGCGCCAUCGGCAAGAUGUUCUUCAAGACCAAGCUCUGCUGCAAGUUCCGCGCCGGGACCUGCCCUUACGUCACCAACUGCAACUUCGCGCAUGGAAUGGAGGAGCUCCGCAAGCCGCCGCCCAACUGGCAGGAGAUCGUGGCCGCGCACGAGGAGGCCGCGGAGCAGCGGGAGGAGCACCAGAUCCCCAUCAUGACCUCCGCCAGCGUGGUCUCCGGGGACGGCGGCGGUGCGCAGGGGGGGAGGGCGUACAAGGGCCGGCACUGCAAGAAGUUCUACACCGAGGAAGGGUGCCCCUACGGUGACGCUUGCACCUUCCUGCACGAUGAGCAGUCCAAGGCACGGGAGAGCGUGGCGAUCAGUCUCUCACCAUCAGUCGGCGGCGGCGGAGGUUACAACGCCGCCUCCGCCAACGGGGCUUCAGUGCAGAAGCCGUCCAACUGGAAAACGAGGAUCUGCAACAAGUGGGAGAUGACUGGAUACUGCCCGUUUGGGAGCAAGUGCCAUUUCGCUCAUGGAGCUGCUGAACUCCACAAGUAUGGUGGCGGACUUGUCGACUUGGACAGCAGGGAUGCUGCAUCAACUCCUGACUCGAAGCAAGUUGGUGGUUCUGCAAAAGCUCCUGCGGAGUCUGCUGCUGCAUCCACCGCGAUACCCCCUCACACAGACGUGUACCAUCUAGGCAACCAAUUGCAGCGUUCGACCCUUGUCAGCCAGAGGUCUGGGCAAGUGCAAAGGCCUAUUCAGAAAUGGAAGGGGCCUGACAAGAUCAGCAGGAUCUAUGGUGAUUGGAUAGACGAAAAUGAGUAGGAAAAGUAUCUGGCCGCCUCCUGGUUGGGGCCUUACCCACUUAAAGGGUUCUGGUUGGCAUGCGAAACCUUGUAUCAACAGAAUGUGGUGCUAGACUAAAUAUUGUGUUGCUGUAGGUACUGUUGUCUCUGUUGUAUGCAUGCUAAAAUUAUGCUCAACUUUAGUAUUCAGGAAGGGAAAUAUGGAUAUCUGAAGUUGAACUGGUAGAAUAUAUGGUCACUUGUUCUGUU